AUGGAGACCCUUCAACCCCGCCCCUUGGUGGUUUUGAGAAAGACAGCCUCGUCGACCAGUCUUGCAUCCAAAGAAGACACUACUGACUCAGCACGCUUUUCCAGGAAGUUCGGGAAGCACAUCCAAAAAAGGCAACUGGAAAUUCCAGAAUAUGCCGCCAGCUUUGUCGACUACAAAGCGCUCAAGAAGCUCAUCAAGAAACUCAGCGCUACUCCAGUGAUACCGCCACAGAGUGAGGGCUUUCACCAUGAAUCCCUGGAUCCGCAGUCGUCCUUACAAGCCAACAAGGCCACCUUUUUCUUCCGAGUCGAACGUGAGCUCGAAAAGGUCAACACGUUCUACCUGCAGAAAGAGGCAGAGUUGCGUCUGCGCUUGACCACGCUACUGGACAAGAAGAGAGUCAUGCAACAACACCCGCAAUCUGUCUCCAAGACAUCUUCGCGAUAUGUUGCCCUCGAAGAAGGACUAAAGCAGUUUAGCAUGGAUCUCAACAAGCUUGAGCAAUUUGUGGAAGUGAACGAAACAGCCUUCUCAAAAAUCCUCAAGAAGUCAAGGGAAAAGCAACUAUACCUUUCGCGCGCCGUCGAAGUCCAGCCAUGCUUCAACCGAGAAGUCAUCAGCACAUUGUCCGACCAAGCAACCCAGGCACUCCUUGAUUUUUCGGGAUGGGCUGAAGGCGAAGGGGUACAGGCACCCCAUCCUGCAGCCGAGCCGCGCGUCUCCGAACCUGCAUUCGAAGCGAAGCUCGAGCUUGACAACCAAUUUGUGCAAGCUAUCAACACCGCGAACGAAGGCAAGAUCGAGGAGUGUUUAGCCCGCCUUUCGACCCUUCCCGAUGCACGCGAGCACAUCUCUAGGGCGUUCCUCAGCACCGUUGCAGAAGCGCCAGAAUCUGCACUGAGAAUUCUACUCGAUUCGAACCUCGUAAAUCUCGAACAAGAGGACGAAAUCAACGAGCGAAAUUGUCUUCACAAGUCCGCUAUCAGUGGAAGAAUCGAAGUGCUUAAGCUUGGCCUAUCGAGUAACGUGGAUGUACAUGCAACCGACGUGUACGGCAGGAUACCAUUGCAUUACGCCUGUAUGCAUGGACAUGUCGAGCUAGUACAGGAACUCAUCAACGCUGCCCCAGAAACGGUGAACUUCCGUGAUCAGGAUAGCUUUACACCCUUGAUCCAUGCAAUCGUGCAUUCGAAGCUCGCUUGUGUGGAGAUACUCCUUUCGAGGGGCGCCGACCUGACGCGUCUAGGGCCUGGAGAGCAUGUGCCGCUCAAUCUUGCGUGUCAGUACGCAUCAUUGGAGAUCCUUGAGCUUCUUCUACAGAGGUCUGCUGAGAUGCUUUCCGAUGCGGAAGGACUGUUUCCACAACACCUGGUGGCACGAUCGGGAAAGACACCUGAAGCACUGUUGAUGUUGCAAAAGUACGGCGCGGACCUCGACCAACCAGACAAGCUUUACCAAUGGACGCCGCUGUUCCACGCUGCGAGCGAGGGUCAUGUGGAGUGUCUCAAGACGCUGCUCCAAUGUCAGGUCGAUGUAGACAUUGUGGAUGAGAAAGGUCUUUCGGCCAUGUACUACGCUACAUGGGAAGGGCAUCUAGAGUGUAUGAAACUACUUGCUUCUGUUGGGCGUGGAGUCGGAUUGAUAUCACAGAAACAGGUCUCGCCUCAAAUGACGUCUCAGCUGUCUAGCUCGAUGCCUACAGCUAUGGACAUCGAAGGCGACCCCGAUGGCAUACCCGAGUUCAUUCUGCCGCCGCCAAUUAUACCAUUCCGAAGAUAUGGACAUAACUUCCUCGAUACAAAGACAUUCGUAGUGAUCAGCUUCGAAAAGGUGGGCAAAGAGGCGAUUCGCUUCUACGACGAAUCGAAAUAUCCCGCGGCAAGGCUUACAAUCUCCUCAAAAAGCUCCGAUCUCAUACCACGCAACAUUCUGCUACCCAUACAAGACGAGUUCAAGGUUAUCUCUUUCCAGAUCGAGAACCUAGAUACUUUCUCCAUCGACUUCGACGUAUACCCCACAAUAGGAUCCAAGGUCAUCGCUCGCAGCGUCGCCUCUUCAAAAGUAUUUACAGAGCGCUCGAAGAGCUCUGGACGAUGGCACCUCGAGUUGUUUGACCCAAGACUGCGGGCGAUCGGCAGAGUUACUUUCGACUUUCAAGUAGUGAAGCCUUUCCACGGCAUUCCGCUCGAGAUCACCCACUUUGCGACCUACUGGAAGGCCACUAGUCAGCUCGACUCACAGCCCCAUACACUCAUUACCGGCUCCAGCCUAUCUGGCGAAUAUGUGCGUCUGUUCGUCCAGCUGACUGCCGAUGGUAUACCAGUGCUGUAUCCGAGAUGGAAGGUCAACCACCACGGAUUGGAAGUGCCAGUCAACAUACUUACGUAUGCGCAAUUCGCAGCAAUCGGUGUUCAGGACACGACCGCGGCUGCGAAUCAGCUUGCUGCGGAACUUAACAACACUGGCUCGAUAAACAUACCGAACAUUUACCAAAUCAUGGCUUCGUCGUUCAUUACGUUGAAGGAUGCCUUAUCAGCACUGCCGGCUCACAUCCAUGUCGAGCUGCAUGUUCUCUUCCCGUCCCGGCUUGAAGAGGAACGUCUGAAGCUUGGCCCCACACAUGACAUGAAUGCCUUCGCAGAUAAGAUCCUGUCGGUAGUUUUUGAACAUGCACGCAAACUGAGGGAACAAGGUGCUGGUGAGAUAGAUGGUACUCUGAGGAGUGUGUUAUUCAGCUCUUUCAACCAGGACAUAUGCACGGUCAUAAACUGGAAGCAGCCGAAUUACCCAGUUCUGCUCUGCAACGAGCUCGGUGCGGAUAGCCCUCAGUCGCCCUCUGGAAAUACACACAUCAUUCAAAGCAGCGGUCGCACAACGACGUCUGUCAAGGAAGCUGUACAGAUUGCUAGGGACAACAACUUCAUGGGCCUGAUAUGUAGCUCGCGUCUAUUGUCGCUCGCUCCCGCUCUCAUUGAAUCGAUCAAGACGGCCGGCCUUGUCCUCGUCACAGACAUUACCGACUCUCCAGAAGAUGAACCCGCCCAGCCUGCAAACCUCCACGUUGCAAAUCCCCGCCGACAAAACACACCAGACGGAGUCGAUGGAUACCUGAAGGGCAAUGGUGUACUUUGUUUCAACGAGACUGUCGAUAUGUAG